AUGGUUAUUAUUAGAUUUGAUAAUAUUCUCAUUGAUUUACAGGUCAAUUUUGAAGAAUUGCUGCUCAACAAAAUAAAACAGGAUAAGAAGGACAUUAAUUAUCAAACAAAGAAAACACGUGUUGCUAAAGGAGCUGAAAUAAUAACUUGUAAACAAUUAGAAGACUUGGAAAAGCAAAGUAACGAAACAGCGUCAAAGAAAGCUAAGCCGAAAAAAAGGAAGUCAAUAAAAGAUAUAAAUUUCGCAGAUGCGGGACCUUCAGGUAUAAAAAAAGGGAGUAAACAGAAAAAAACAGGCCUCUACCGUGACGACAUAGACAUUGAUCAAUAUUAUAACGAUGAAACACUCAGAGAAGAAAAUUGGCCAGAGGAUUUAAAUUUUGAGAUGGAGAAUUUAAACUCUUUGGAAAAAUAUGAGAAUAAAGAAAUUUCAAAUGAAGUUAAAGAAUGCGAAAAUGGAAAUCCUCAUACCAAAACUAAAAAUAAAAGUGUGGGUAAAAAGAGUAAAGCAAAAGAAAAUAACCAAGGCUCAAAAGAAACUAAUAAGACUGAUGAUGACUCUAGUGUAGUAGGAAAUUUCGACUUAUCAUCUGAAACCGAAAGUGUAAGAGGAUCUGAGUCAGCGUCUCCACAAAAGAAAAAGAGAGUUACGAAAGCUAGCUUACUGCAAAAGCAUGAGUCACUCAUAAAUACAGCUGGGAAACUUCUGCAUAAAAAAGAAGAGGAAUGGGAAAUUAUAGGCUUGCAACUGAAGGAUCUAAAUAAAAGACAGUUUUAUAUAGCUCAGAAAAUAAUACAUGACACACUCUAUUACGCCCAAAUGGGAAUGUUAGCUGAACAUUCAUCUGUCACUGGGCUCGAACAUAAUCAAUCACAGCACACGUACGAGUCAACAGUUGGAAACCGUAGAACUACACAAAUAUAUCAAGCUCCAUUUCGCUAUCCAGCCCGUAGAUUGGAUACUCAAUCAGUACUAUCUGGUGCAUCAUAA